CGUAAUAAUCAGUCAGAUUUUGAACUUCGUUUUAAUUUGAUUGUUCACUUUUUAAAACGGUAGUUGUGUCUUGUCCGCGCUUUUCAAAUAGUUGUUAACGAGCUUUUAAAGAAAGAUCUUUGUUUUUAAAUAUUGUCUAAAAUUAUGAGUGUUUCUAAUAUUUUCCUGUUAGAUAUCGAGUUAAGCUCUGUAACCGUAACAAUCGUCAAUGAUAAAACAACAGCUGAAAAAAUAAAUGUACCGGUAAACGAUGAAGAAGACGUUAUUAUUGGACGAUUUAGAAAAAUCAGUUCGGCGAAAUCUAUGGCCGCUACGAAUGGUAACAUACAAUAUCCAUCUGAAAUUAUAAGAAACGAAACUGAUCCGGAGGCUGGGCUUCAGUUUAAGGCUAAGGAUGGGGAGAGAGAAAAACUGCUAGUUGAACCUGUGACCAACGGAUCGUUAGUGCGCCCGAAGUCUCCCAUACCAAAGAGUAGCUUCAGAGAUAUUGAAAAACCUUCUCGGUUCAAAGAUCAGCCAUCAACCACAAGGUUUCAGAUGGAAGAUAGACAAGACGAAGGAACGGAAAGUGACGGCUCCGGUAUGGAAAGUGAUGACCCCCUCACAGCAACGGACACGAAAUACGGCAAGAGUUUCAGACAUUUCACGCGGGAGGCGUUACCUCGCCUGGAUAACUACAGGAACGUGCUGUCCCUGCACGCAGCGCCCCGACCGACCUUAGACGAAUUACACAAUGCAUCGCUUUCAAGAAAGCCAGGGCAAACACUAGAAAAGGAACAUGGCGCGCCCGCGAUGCCGUCGCCUAACGUGAAGUUUGGUUGGAUAAAGGGCGUACUUAUGAGAUGCCUCCUCAAUAUUUGGGGUGUUAUGCUCUUCUUGCGACUGUCCUGGGUUGUCGGACAAGCUGGAAUAGCGCAGGCAUCGCUUUUAAUUGUGACAACAUCCGUCGUGACAACUAUCACAGCGCUGUCAAUGUCCGCCAUAAGUACUAAUGGCGUCAUCAAAGGAGGUGGUACAUACUAUAUGAUAUCGAGAUCUCUUGGGCCGGAGUUUGGAGGUUCAAUAGGCCUCAUCUUCUCGAUGGCGAACGCCGUAGCUUGCGCGAUGUACGUCGUAGGCUUCGGAGAAUCACUCAUCACGCUCAUACCAGAGUCAGCGUACAUGGUCAGCAAGAGUUGGGACCAAGCAAUCUAUGGUUGCAUAACCAUAGUACUACUGACCGGUAUCGUAAUAGUGGGGAUGGAGUGGGAAGCGAAAGCUCAGAUAGUACUGCUGGUGAUCUUACUGGCUGCUAUCGCAGACUUCUGCAUCGGCACCAUCAUCGGCCCCAAGUCGGAUAUUGAGGUCGCACAGGGCUUUGUUGGGUAUAAUAUGACGAUUCUUAAACGUAAUCUCGGACCCGACUACAGAUCCUUUGAGGGCGUCGAACACAAUUUCUUUUCCGUAUUUUCAAUAUUCUUCCCCGCCGCGACUGGCAUAUUGGCUGGCGCGAACAUAUCUGGAGAUUUGAAGGAUCCUCAAAAAUCGAUUCCAAAAGGAACUCUUCUUGCGAUUCUUCUGACUACGAUAUCGUAUUUAUUAAUCGCUCUCCUCGCUGGAUGGACUGUGUUAAGAGAUGCUUCGGGUGACUUAGCGGAUGUGGCCGGAUGGACCAUGGACCAGUGCAAAGCCAACGGCACCUGUGGCUAUGGGUUGCACAACAGCAACGACGUAAUUCGCCUCGUGUCGGGUUUUGGUCCUCUGAUAUAUGGCGGCUGUUUUGCUGCUACACUUUCUUCAGCAUUGGCUUCCUUAGUGUCAGCACCAAAAGUGUUUCAGGCUCUAUGUCAAGACAAAUUAUACCCAUGUUUGGACUUCUUCGCUAAAGGCUACGGACCAAACAACGAGCCCGUCCGCGGCUACGCGCUUACUUUCGUCAUAGCUGUCAGCUUUAUACUUAUGGGUGGACUGAACCAGAUAGCGCCACUAAUCUCCAACUUCUUCCUGGCUGCGUACGCGCUCAUCAACUUCGCCACCUUCCACGCGAGCCUCGCCCGCCCCGUUGGUUGGAGACCUACUUUCAGACUGUACAACAUGUGGCUGUCGCUGCUGGGCGCGCUGGUGUGCGUGGCGAUAAUGUUCGUGGUGUCGUGGGCCACGGCGCUGCUGACGCUGGCCGGCCUGCUGGCGCUCUACCUGCUCGUGUCGUACCGCGGGCCCGAUGUGAACUGGGGCUCGACGACACAGGCGCAGACGUACAAGUCUGCGCUAGCUGGCGUGCAGCAACUCAACAGGGUUACCGAGCAUGUCAAGAACUAUAGGCCACAGAUACUAGUGCUGACUGGUUUUCCCGCCGAGAGACCGAUGCUGACCGAUUUCGCUUACCUCCUCACCAAGGGCCUAUCUCUCAUGCUAUGUGGACAUAUUAUGCAGCGCGCGCCCAGCCACCGCACGCGCGAGGCGCUGUCGAGCCGCGCGGCGCAGUGGCUGUGCCGGCGCCGCGUCAAGGCCUUCUACUCGCUCGUGGACGACGCCAGCUUCAAGGACGGCGCCAGCGCUCUCAUACAGGCGAGCGGCGUCGGUAAAUUGAAGCCUAACAUUCUGAUGAUGGGGUUCAAGGAGGACUGGAGAACGUGUGAUCGGUCGGAGCUGGCGGACUACGUGGAGGUAAUGCACAAGGCGCUGGACGUGCACAUGGCGCUGGCGCUGCUGCGCGUGGAGGGCGGGCUGUACUGCGGCGACGCGCUGGACGACGACCUGCACGCCUGCCUGCGUGCGGGCGCGCCCGGGCCGGCUGGUUCAAUGGGUGAUAGUAUCAAAAUGUCGAAAUCUACGGAGAGCUUGAACUCACAGUCUAGGGAUAGCAGUAUGUCGGACGUGUCCAUCAUGUCCGGUGAGCUGACAGGCGUGUCUCCGGACCCCGGAGCCGUGAGGACGCGUAAGAAUAAGGCGAGUGGUCCUCGCAGGCGGCUGGGCGAGGCGGUGCGGCGGCUGGGCGCGGCGCGCGCGCGGCGGGCGUCGUCGCUCACGUCGGUGGAGCGGUUCACGCGCCGCCGCGCCGGCACCGUCGACGUGUGGUGGCUGUACGACGACGGCGGUCUGACGCUGCUGCUGCCGUACAUCCUGUCGACGCGUCGCGCGUGGUCGUCAUGUCCGCUGCGAGUGUUCACGCUGGCCAACCGACACACUGAGCUCGAGAUCGAGGAGCGGAAUAUGGCAUCUCUACUGUCGAAGUUCCGCAUAGAUUAUUCAGCUUUGAAGAUGAUAUCGGACGUCACAAAGAAACCAAAAGAUUCCACGUUAGCGUAUUUCGAGGACUUGAUCGCCCCCUUCCGGGCGUCGGAUGACACAAAUGACAAUAUGAGCAUCACGGAGGCGGACGUGUUGGCGGCGCGCACGCGCACGCACCGCUACCUGCGCGUGCGCGAGCUGAUCGGCGAGCACUCGGCCAGCGCGCGCCUGGUGUGCGUGACGCAGCCCAUGCCGCGGCGCCGCGGCCUGCCGCCCGCGCUGUACGCGGCCUGGCUGUCCGCGCUGGCCACGGCCGCGCCGCGCGUGCUGCUCGUGCGCGGAAACCACGCCGCCGUGCUCACCUUCUACUCGUAGUCGUGCCCGACCGGAGCGCUAGGGGUGGGGCCUAGUUAUCUUAUUAUUAUUUUUAUUAAUAUUAAACGGAAACUCCAAUGACACCUAUUUAUUUACAUUGCGUGAAUAAAUAUUAGAUAUAUUAUAAAUCAGUAAAUAAAAGUAAACUAAACGACAUUUUACGAAAUAAGAUGGAUUAAAUAAACUAUAGUCGUCUAAUUAUCACUUUUGAAAAAACAAAUUAAACGUGACCCUACAAUAAGUAUUUAAACUAUAAAAAUGAAGAAGUCAGCACCGACCGCGAUCGUAUUGAUGCUGAUACGCGAAUAAUUAAAAAUAUUUUACUUAAAUGGCAACAUUGAUACACAUCUAAAAAAAUCAAGAUGGAAUAAAAACAUUAUAUUAUUAAUAGUAUUAACACUUAUAUAUUAUUAAUAUUCACUUCGCGCGAUGGUCAAGAUAGUGAUUUACUUAUUUUAAAAUAAUAAACACAACACUUACUAAUUUGUACUAAAUGUUUGUAUAACAGCAUUAAAUUUUACACAAGUUACCAGUGACAAUUAAAAAUAGACAGUAGAUAUAGAAAUGUAUAUAUUUGUAUGUUGAAAUCAACUUUUUACAGUAUGAUAUAAUAAACAUGUGACCCUGUUAGAUUUAUUUUAUAUAAAUUAUAUAUAACCAUGUAGUCAAAUGCAAAAGUGUGUUUAUGAAAAUGGAAACGAGACAGUUAAAAAUGAUUAACAUUAUUGACCAUAAUUAAACCUUUUAUAACAUUCUAUAAGUCGAUUACGACGUAAUAUUACUUGUAUAUAAUGAUAGUUCGAUUAUAUAUGAGUAAUACUUUCUUUCAUUUUUGACACAAUAGUUAGCAACAUAUAUGUAUAUUUAGUAACAAACUUUGUAUGUAAUGUACAUUACUUGUAAUGUUCCUUUAUUAUUAAUUUAUUGUUAUAAUAGUGAUGUAAUGUAUAAUAAUUUAUGUUUUCCCUCAAUAAUUCACUUUUGCGUGACUGAGCCGACAUUCCGUUAGCCUGAAAGUACAAAUUAAUAUGUAUGCUGUAUAUUGGACACGCUAUAUACAUUCAUCACGCUAUUGUCAUCUUUAUGUGAAAUGAAUAAGAUUGACAAUUUGAUGUAUUUUUUAAGAUUCUUCCUAGCUGUUUUCCUUUAUGAGGUGUUUUAAAGUUGGUGCCUAGAGUAAAGAAAGACUUAAAUGAAAUUUGAUAAAAUACUUUCGGAUUAGCUGAGUAUAUAAAAUUACUAAAUGUUUGAAUCUUUUGAAAAUUUUCAACAUAUUGCUAUUGCAAUUUUUAAGAAUUUGACUAAGUCUACACUUUUAUAUGAAUCGUUACAUAUUUUUGCUAUAUAAUAUAUAUUAUAUAUGUAGUUUUCAAUUUUGAUAGACAUAAUUUGUUGGAAUAUUUUUUGUGUCGAUUAUAUCAUAGCGUUACAAAUAUUUUCGAACUAUGAACAGCGAAUAGGCUAGAAGUAGAAUUAUUUUCUAUAAUAAUAGUAAAACUAAACACGUAUUGUUCUUUUUUAAUCACUAAUUUUUAAUAUUGCUUGGAUGUCAUUUCUAUUUAAAUGAUAAAUCGUACUUCCAAGUUAUCAAUUUUGUUUAUUUUUUUAUUAUAGAAGGUAUUCCAUUUCUACACCUUCUAUUACGUAAUGUCUUGAGGAGUUAUUUCUGUUAUAGGAAAGUUUCGUAUUUAUAUUAUUUACGCAUAUAAUGGUAAAUAAUGUAUUUUUAUUUCAUACAAUAUUUAGAUGUUCGCAUAUUUUAUUUGGACCAUAUCGAGUUAUAAUUGUAUAGUGUAAUCAUGAUGCAAUUCAAAAUCGUUCAAUAAUUCGCUCAGCAUUGUAUUGAUAUAAAAAGUAUUCCAUUUUUGUGGUGUUCGAUAAUAAGAAUUGGAAAUGUUUGUGUGUGUGUGAAUGUGUGACUUAUUAUUUUGGUUUAAUUAAUUUUUAUUCACAAAAGCAUUACUCAUAUCGUAAGAAAAAAAAAGUUUCUAUAGAUUUAACGUAUUUUAAUUUCAGUGGUAUUUUAAAUUAACCGUUAUUUUUGUGAAAGUUUUAGUAUCAUUUAUUAACGACGAAUGAAUACGUUAGUCUAUGGAUGCUUUAUGAAAUUUUAGCACUAUUGUUGUCCAUUUAAAUGUUAACCAAUUAAAUUACAUACUACUGACAUAGUGUGAAAUGUUUAACAUUUUAAUAGUGUGUAAUGUCGCUGAUUAAUUAAGUAGUUAGAUUUAAUCAAUUAUUAAUUAACAUUAAUUUAUUUCAAAUCAUACAAAAAAUAGUAGACUAAUUCAAAGCCUUAUAAAAAACAGACUUAAUAAAAGCAAUAUUGUUAACUAAGUGUAUAAUUAUUAGUAAAUAAUAUGGUUUCGUAAUUGCUAAAAAUCUCUGAACUCUUUGACAAUGACCAGUCGCUUGGUCGCACAUGUGUAGUCGUAACUUUACAAUGGAUUCCAAUGUAGCAGUUUCUGUUUCGGCUCUUCGGUACAUUAUUUGGAUGAUACUUUUGAAUAUUUUUAAUAAUAAAAAUGUAGAACUUCGAUAGCAAUAGAUCUGAAUUUGUCGCUUAAUUAUCUAAAUUUUAUGUUUUUGGGGGUAGAAUCUAAAGGACGAAUUCUCGGACUUUUCAGUGACGUAACUAGUAUUACCCAUUUUAUAUUUAUAUAUACAGAAAUAUUACUGUGUUACAAUCAUGCAUAUGAACAUUAGUCAUUUAUCUUAAUUUUGAUUUGAAAAAUUUAUAUAAGAAUAAUUUUAUAACUUCAAAUGUACCUUAUAGUAAAACGAUUUUUCGUUCUAAGGUCUGAUUUCAAAUUGAAAGAGUUUAAAGUAAAAACGUGUUUUCGUCGAUGUAUUAUUUUAAAAAAAUAUGCUGUUUCAUAAAACACCAUUUGUGAUUGUACUGUUUACCAUUAUCGUACCUGAUGCACCCAAUGACAUUAAUUAAGUAGUUAGUUAUCUAAUUUUGUUUAAUCUUCUAAUUUAUUUAUUAAUAACGUUUUUAGUGAAAAUGUACUAAACAGUUUUUUGAUCGAUUGUACUUUUGUACAUUUAAAAUGAUGAAUAAAUAGUAAAAUAAAA